UCUUUUCCUUCCAGUACCGCUUGGCGCUCCCAUGUGCAAAGCCCGCCGAGAUGCCCACGCUUCCCAGCCCCGCCCCAUCCCGUCCAAUAAGCAAACGGUCCACACCCCAUCCUCCACCUCCGGCGGUGCCUCCCCAACGAUAUUCUUCAGCGUCACCAAUACUUCCAUCGCCGGCGACCGACGCACCAACUCCUCUUCCUCAAGGAGCAUCUCCUCCCUUGCCAGCCUCCGUUCCUCCCUCUCCGACACCCCGACUCUAUACUCUAACGCCGAGAUAUCCGCCGCCACUAUCAAUCCCGUUGCCAAGCACAUCUCCUCUUCCUCUUACCGCUGCUCCCUACGUGGUUGCGAUGUCUUCGUCUACCGACGUCCCUUCCGCGGAGAUCCCGAAGCCCUCUCAAUCCGGCUCGCCGACGUCUGCAAGAGCCACCACCGCAGCCUUGUUCGCAUCCUCGGUGCCUCUGUAUGCGCCGACAACAUCCACCUCGUCUACGACUUCGUCCCCGGAGCUUCUCUCUCCUCCUGCCUCCGUAACCCGCUAAACCCUACAUUCACCGCUCUCUCGUCCUGGAUCUCCCGAAUGCAGGUCGCCGCUGAUCUCGCACAGGGUCUCGAUUACAUCCACCACCACGCCGGUGGCGGCGGAUUCGUUCAUAAUCGCAUCAAAAGCUCUGCAGUCAUCGUCUCUGAGAGCGGAUUCAACGCCAAGAUCUGCUACUUCGGCGCAGCCUUCCUUGCUGGGGAUAUUAAAAUCAAGAAGAUGAUGAGAACGGACAGCCGGUCGGUGAAGAUUGAGGGGACCAGGGGGUAUUUGGCGCCGGAGGUGAUUGCUGGGGGAAGUGUUACGAGGAAAUCGGAUGUGUUUGCGUUUGGGGUUGUGGUCCUGGAGUUGAUUUCCGGUGAUGAGCCGGUCAAGUAUAGAUUAGGCGCCGAAAAAGAAAAGAGGUAUGAAUGGGUUUCUCUAAUCGAGACGGCGAGGGAGGUAGUUGGGGCGGCAGCAUGGGAGGAGGAGGGAUCGCCGGCUAUGGAUUCGGUGACGGCGGUGGUUGAGAGGUUGGGGAGGGUUCGUCGGUGGGUGGAUCGGAGGUUGAAGGAUUCGUUUCCAUUGGAAGUGGCGGAGAAGAUGAUGGUGGUGGCGCUUCGGUGCGUGGAGGGUGACGCGGCGAAGAGGCCGGGGAUGAGUUGGGUUCAGGGGAAGAUUUCACAGCUGUUUCUGGAGUCCAAGGCUUGGAGCGAGAAAAUUCGAAUGCCGGCGGAGAUUUCAUCAGCAACUUUCGGUCCGCGGUGAGAAGGGCGACAAAUGGCGGCAUCGCCUGGAUGUUACCGGACUGUGUUAAAAUAAUUAUCUGAGGUUAUUUAAUUUGUUAUCUCAUAAUUUGAGGGAGAUAAAAAAAUUUAUUCUGAGACCAGGAGAGUUGCCGGCCA